GAGAGAGAGAGAGAGAGAGAGAGAGAGAGAGAGAGAGAGACGAAUAUAGAGAGAGAGAGCUAUUUGGCUUAGACGUGAGAUUAUUGGAAAACAAUAGUAUUGAAGCAUAACAAAAACAGUAAGAGUAUAAACUGGUCUGAUCAGUUAUGUCAUGACCUAUAAAGUCCACUAGUUAUUUGUUAUUAAUGUUGUUUAUCUCAUCGGUUUCAGCUUUGUUUUACUUUUGGAAACCGGUAAUUCAAUUUAUUAUAAAAGUCCAAAGACGUUUCUUUACCUUCUUUCAAUUCAAUAUAAAUAGUCAAAUGAUUGUACUAUCUUCUCAUCAAUCAAAACACAAAAUCGAUAAAGACUCAUACAAUUUUUGAUAUUCGGGAAAGUACAUGGGUUGCAUCUACAAAAUAAAUAUAAAGAAGAACAGAGGAGAAUGAUCGAUUUAAGAAGUCUAUUCAAAAAAAAAUUACUAGCUGUAUAAGUUUCCUAUAUUUUUCAGUUUUGUUUUGUAUUAUAAAAAUAGUAUUUUGUGUGUUUUAAUGUAACUUUACUACUUAUGUAUCCAUUUUACUGAUAUUAAUUAAAAUAACUACUAAAUAUAUUAAUAUAUUUAAUGUAUAUUAUAUAUUAAAGUAUGAUUAUUUUUAUUAUUAUAAUGUGUGAAAACUCUGCACUACCUUCUUAGUAAAACAUUCAAGACUUGACUUGAAACAUAUCCAUCUCUAUAUUGACUUGUGCAUAUAAUAUCUAAAUCAGAAGAAGCAUAGUUAUAUACAAAAAAACAUUGAUUUUGUUAUAUGUGUUUUAAUGACUAAAUUGUUUCUAAAUAAUGUUUUUCUCUGUUAAAGAAGUCGCCACCUAAACAAGCCAAUAUAGUUAGCCCAUUUAAAUUGUUAUUUUCAACACAAUUCUAGUCACAAGCUUACUAUAUAAACUGGUUAUCAUGUUACCUCUCCUAAAAAAAUAAAUUUCUUUGGCUUAAUGAAAAGUUUUUUAGCGUGUAACCAUAUAGAAAACAAAAAUACAAUCAAGACACUAGAAAUUGGAAGAUUGCAUGCCCCUAGUUUCAAAAGAGGGAGAGAGAGAGUGUGUGUGUGUGGGUGUGUGGGUGUGUGUGUGUGUGUGUGUGUGAGAGAGAGAGAGAGAGAGGGAGAUAGAGAGAGAAAGAGAGAGAGAGACGGAUAUAGAGAGAGAUAGCUAUUUGGCUUAGACGUGAGAUUAUUGGAAAACAAUAGUAUUGAAGCAUAACAAAAACGGUAAGAGUAUAAACUGGUCUGAUCAGUUAUGCCAUGACCUAAAAAAGCCACUAGUUAUUUGUUAUUAAUGUUGUUCAUCUCAUCGGUUUCAGCUUUGUUUUACUUUUGCAAACAGGUAAUUCAAUUUAUUAUAAAAGUCCAAAGACGUUUCUUAACCUUCUUUCCAUUCAAUAUAAAUAGUCAAAGGAUUAUACUAUCUGCUCAUCAAUCAAAAUACAAACUCGAUAAAGAUUCAUAUAUUUGGAGAAAUCUUUCUUCUUUUUUUUUCCUUAUCUCAUAAUGUCUAUUAAACAUGUUUUUUUCUUUAUGGUGGUUGUGUUUGUUGUAGUCUCUGCCAAUGCUCAACUACCCCAGUUUCCCAUCCCAUUUCCUUUUCCACUCCCAUUCCAACCAAGUCCCGGUAUUCCCGGAUUACCUGAUGUAGCAAAAUGUUGGUCUUCAGUGAUGGAUAUUCCAGGAUGCGUUAUAGAGAUUUACACAUCCAUACUCACAGGAAAAUUUGGACAUAUAGGUCCUUCUUGUUGCAAAGCAUUUUUGGAAGCCGAAGCCAAUUGCUUACCGAAACUUCCAUUCAACCCACUUUUUCCUCUCAAAGAACAAUGUUCAAGAAUUGCUAACGCAGCUUCUCCUACCACAAAAUAGAGUUUUAAAUUAAUAGAAGUAAUAGCUAUGUCGUUUUUAUUUUUCAAGGCAUUUUAACAUUUUACCUAAAUUCUACAAUGUUAUCCCCCAAAAAUACGAUUAUAUAAACAGCAUUUUGGAAGUAAAAAACUUCCAGUAUAUCCUUCUAUAUUAACGAUGUGGUUCAUGCCUGUGGAGAUUCUAAACUAAUCUUACUUAUAAAAAAUACUUAAAUUAUACUACAAACUAAAACUAUACAAUUUUUGAUAUUUGGGAAAGUACAUGGGUUGCAACUACAAAAUAAAUAUAAAGAAGAACAGAGGCGAAUAUCGAUUUAAGAAGUCUAUUCAAAAAAAUUUACUAGCUGUAUAAGUUUCCCAUAUUUUUCUGUUUUGUUUUGUAUCAUAAAAAUAGUCUUUUUUGUGUGUUUAAUGUAACUUUACUACUUAUGUAUCCAUUUUACUGAUAUUAAUUAAAAUAACUACUACAUAUAUUAAUAUAUUUAAUGUAUAUUAUAUAUUAAAGUAUGAUUAUUUUUAUUAUUAAAAUGUUUGAAAACUCCAAACUACCUUCUUCGUUAAACACUCAAGACUUGACUUGAAACAUAUCCAUCACUAUAUUGACUUGUGCAUUUAAUAUCUAAAUCAAAAGAAGCAUAGUUAUAUAGAAAAAAAACUUUGAUUUCGUUAUAUGUGUUUUAAUGACUAAAUUGUUUCUAAAUAAUGUUUUUCUCUGUUAAGAAGUCGCCACCUAAACAAGGCAAUAUAGUUAGCCCGUUUAAAUUGUUAUUUUCAACACAAUUCUAGUCACAAGCUUAUUAUAAAAACUGGUUAUCAUGUUACCUCUC